AUGGCCACCCGACAAGCUCGCAGACCCGGCGCAGUCCCCACACCUGACGGAUCCCGCACGAUCAUCGUCCACGACGACCAGCCACGAGAAGAGGACGAGGGAGACGUGGAGCGUGCGCCCGUCGGCGCUCUGCGGCUCCGGGGUGCAACGCGGCACAGGCAGAGAGUCGUGUGGAGGGAGGAUGUGGUGGACAACGAGGGCGCGGGGAAGAAGAAGUCAAAGAUCUGCUGCAUAUACCACAAACCCCGCGAGUUCGACGAGUCCUCCUCGGACGAGUCGAGCGACUCGGACUCGGACUCGGACGCCGACGACGGCCGCGCCCGGCGCCGCUGCAACGACCACGACCACGGCGACCACGACCACGGCCACGGCCACGGCGACCACGGUGCCGCCACGCGCGACCCCUCCGGCAGCGGCGUCGUGCACGAGCUCGAGGACAGCGACUCGGAGCCGAACGCGUACGAGCGCGCGCCGUACAAGACACCGAAGAAGACCCCACACCCGCACGCACACCCCGCCCAGCAGUGA